UCUUUUUCCAGCACUAAUGAUGUAAAGGAUGAUCAGAGUUGAUGUGCAGAUGAAUGAUGUGUGUUUCCUCUGCAGGUGAAGCUAGAAAGUGUGUGUGAGCUGAUGUGAAUUCAGCAGCAUGGAUCAGUGUGAGGACAGAGAGGACGGAGUCCCUCCCUCUAAAACCACUCUGUGUGGGGAAGAUGAGAGCCAGAGCAAAGGUCAGAGGAUCCAUCAAAGACUCAGACCAGAACCAGAACCAGAUCCCUGCUGUGUGUCCUUUAAGAGCGACAGGUCAAAGGGUGACAUCAUUAACUUUAAAUCUCCUGGAUCUCCACCAUCAGAGAGGAUCCAAAAGAGUUUCACACAAGAAGAAUCAGAACCCAGCUCUGUGUCCCUUAAGAGCGCCGUUUCAAUGGAUCAUCCCAUUACCUUUAAAUCUCCUGGAGCUCCAAAAUCAGAGGGAGUGGACCAGCAGAGCUCAGAGGUUCCCAGUGGUCCAUCUGCCCAGCAGCAUCAAACACAGCUGGACUCCAUAUUUAUGCUGCUGGAGGAAUUCAUUGUCACUUUUGUGAAGAACGAGCUGAAGAAGAUCCAGAAGGUUCUGAGUCCAAAUUACCCAGAAUGCUCAGAGAGUCAGAGAGAAGAUGAUGAGGUGUUGGAAGGUGAGGAUGAAGAGCAGAGGAGCAGCAGCAGAGAGGCAGUAAUGAAGAUCACACUGAACUUCCUGAGGAGGAUGAAGCAGGAGGAGCUGGCUGACCAUCUGCAGAGCAAUAAACUGUCUCCUGCCCAGUGGUCAGCCCUGGGUUUCACCUUAGUGUCUCCAGGAAAAGAUCUGGAUGAGUUUGACCUGAAGAAAUUCUCUGCUUCAGAGGAGACUCUUCUGAGGCUGCUGCCAGUGGUUAAAGCCUCCAGCAAAGCUCUACUGAGUGUCUGUAACCUCUCAGAGAGAAGCUGUGAAGCUCUGUCCUCAGUUCUCAGCUCCCAGUCCUCCAGUCUCAGAGAACUGGACCUGAGUGACAACAACCUGCAGGAUUCAGGAGUGAAGCUUCUCUCUGGUGGACUGAAGAGUCCAAACUGCAACCUGGAAACUCUCAGCUUAUCGGGCUGUUUGGUCUCAAAGAAAGGCUGUGCUUCUCUGGCCUCAGCUCUUACGUCCAACCCCUCCCAUCUGAAAGAGUUGGACCUGAGCUACAAUCAUCCAAGAGACUCAGGAGUGAAGCUGCUGUCGGCUGGACUGAAGGAUCCAUAUUGGAGACUAGAAGCUCUCAGGUAUGGAGGAACCUACUGCAGGAGCAGAGAAGGUCUGAUAGAGGAGGAAGAGGAGAAACGUCUUUAGUCAAUCUGAUGGGAAAUAUUUAGUGUGAAGCUAAAUAUUUACUUUGCAAAUGAAAUAUAUAGUAAUUAUAAAAGCUAAGGCAUUCAGGCCCAGAUUUUAGCAUGGGCUUACCGGGGCUGCAGCUCAGAGCCCUGGCGCAUAGGGGGCCCCGAAAAAUGCUUUGUAUUAUUGUCAAUGAAUAAGGUCAGAUUACCUUACUUUUAUCACUGGAUAGGAGGAUUUUGGCAAUGUUGUUGAAAAAUCAUCUGAUUUGUACUGGCGAACGUCCAUCAUGAAUGUUUGAUUAUUAUUGGUCCAAGUUGGACGCUUCUUAUGCUUUGCAGCGGAGUAUCAAGGAGGGAUUUCUCACGAUGGCGGACAACAGAAUGAAUGACAGCGGCACGCAGGAACGAAAGAAGAAGAAGUGCACGACCGAGAGGUGAUGAAGAAAAAAAUCCAAGCUAACAGGGUUUUUUAAAACUCAUACUGGACAUGGAACAUAACCAUCAUCCCUCUCUGCUUCUCAAGACGUUAGCUUUGCUAGCAGUGGCUCUAAGGUCUGCCAGCCUGAGGAGUCAGACUUCUUCACCAGGUGCAGUGAUGACAACGGAUAAUCUGUACAGUAUUGAUCCUGCACUUUGGGUAAAAACUGUGUGAGCUUACUAAGCUGAGCAAGAAGCAGGGAAUAUAGAUGUUAAUUUUAAAGCAUCGAAACAUUUUUACAGUAAUGAUUCUUUGCCAGAUCGCGUUUUGAAAGCCAGUUCGCAAGUGGUGAGUACAUCCAAACCAGGCUGAGUUAUCCUCCAUCCACAGCAGCUGUGUUUUGUAUUUUAAACAAUAUUAAAAGUCAGUGAUGCUUUGAAAUGGGUUUCCGUGAGUGGAAUAAAGGAAUAGAACGAUUCAAAGAGAAAGAAAACAGCUAAAGUCACAGAAAAGUAGUGCAACUGCUCUGCUCACUUGCGCUCAAUGCGAAGUUAGAAAAGCGGAACUAGCUUUAGCCCCAAUGAGCCACAAACGGAGGGGGCGUGGCUAGACGCCUGUCAAUCAUUCUGAGCCGUGACAGACAGUUAUGCUGAAUGGGGCUGUCAGAAGUUAGCCCUUUGGAAACUGCCUGGGAAAAAUCCCAGGCGGUUUGAUACCAGGUUUGUUGAAAAUU